AAAGCAGCAAAGGCGCUGCAAGAUGUUUAUGGCACCAAAUAUGUGGUCGGAAAUCCGGCAUCCGGUGGUAGCGAGGAUUGGGCGAAACAUGCCGGUGGCGUCAAAUAUGUCUACCUCCUGGAACUGCGUCCGGAUGAAAAGAACUGGGAUGGAUUCAUUCUUGGCGAAUCUGAGCUAAUCCCAACGGCUAGAGAAACCUGGGAGGGUGUCAAAGUAGUCGCCGAAGCUGUUCUAGAACGUGCAAAACACAAAUCAGAAACUGCCGAAAACGUGACUGCACAUAUUACAGCAUUGUUACCAGACGGGGGCAGCUGA